UUUCCCGCCAAAUAAUCAUCGAUCGGGAAUGGAGAUGAAGAGGGAGAAUCACAAAGGGAAGGCGUUGAAUCUGCUUCGAAGCAGAGUCUGUGACCCCAAAUUCGCGUUCAAGGCACUCUAUAAUUCUCCAGAGAGCAACUAUAGCAAGCUUAAAUUCAUGAUUUCUAGUUCCGUUACUGAGGCUUGCAACAAUUCCAUUCUCCUUCUCGGUCCUCGCGGCUCCGGCAAGAUUUCCGUGUUGGAGCUUGUCAUUCGGGAUUUGCUGGAUGAGUAUCCCGACUCAAUUUCAGUGAUCAGGUUAAGUGGACUUCUACAUGGCGAUGACAUUUCAGCAUUCAAGGAAAUAGCUAGGCAGUUAUGUAUGGAGCAUCAGUUACUAUUCUCAAAAUCGGCAUCGUUUGAUGACAACUCCCAAUUUAUGGUAGCAAUGCUAAAGGAAUGUGGAUUGGCACAUAAAACAGUCAUUUUUGUUUUGGAUGAGUUUGACCUCUUUGCUCAGGGCAAACAGCGGUUACUUUAUAGCCUCUUGGAUGCAAUGCAAUCAGUAACAUCACAGGCUGUUGUAGUUGGCAUUAGCUGUCGGCUGGAUGCUGAUCAGCUGUUGGAGAAAAGAGUACGAUCUCGAUUUUCACAUAGAAAGCUGUUGUUUAUGCCGCCUUCAAUGGAAGACUCACAGAGCUUGCUGGUGCACAUGCUUACGAUACCAGUAGAUUCAAGCUUUCCCCGUGAUUAUGCUAUUGAAUUUAAUAGAAAGGUCCAAAAUAUUGUAGAAGACAAAAGGUUCAAAGAAACCUUCAGUAACUAUUUAAAUUUUGACUCCUCUGUUAAGCAUUUGCUAAAGUUCCUAUUCUGUGCUAUCUCUCAUAUGGAUUUGAAGACUGGGUUUCUGUCCCUUGAGAACUUCAAAACCGCAUUUUCAAGUAUUAAUAGGCAACCAAAACUGGAAUGUCUAAGAAAUUCCUCCAUUUUAGAACUUUACAUUUUGGUUUGCAUGAAGAGGUUGGAAGUGAAAGAGAAAAGCUUCUGCAACUUCAAUUCUGUUAUGAAAGAGUAUAAAAGUAUACAUGAUUCCUUCCAGACUUCUGAUUACUAUGAUCGAAAUGUCUGCUUAAGGGCAUUUGAGCACCUUAUAAAUCGGGAAUUAAUAUGCUUCGCAGACAAUAGAGGGCAUAGUUUGUCCGUUGAAUAUCGUCCUGUAAAGCUUUUAAUCUCAUCUGCUGAACUGAAUCAGGGACUAAGAGCAUAUCAUUCAUGCCCCGCUAUUCUUCAAAAGCUAAUGGAUCGUGAAGGCUAGAACACUCCAAGGGAUACUUCUGUUGGUUGAUUCGAGUUACAAAUGUAUGUGGUAUGGGUGUCCAAAUUGUGCUGCGAAAUCAGUUAAUUGAUCAAAACAAACACAUAGAAGGCUUUUAUUUUUAUUGUUUCUAAUUUAGUUUGUACACACUAGUUACAAGUCACAAACGCAAUAGAUUAUUGUUACUCUGAUAGUACAUACUUAUUUUCCCGUUA